UUACGUACAUGUCGAUUUGGUCAGUCCUAUAUCGCCGUGUGUCACUCCAAUAGUUAGAGUGAAUGUGGACUCUUUGUGGAGUGGAUGUUACAGUAAAAGUGCGAAAACAAUAAACGUGCUAAAUUCAUGAUACAGAUCGGCGCUGCAAUGGGCUUGACUCUGAAGACCUGUCUGUUGAUGCUGAGCCUGCAGCUGGCGCUGUCCGGCGCGCAGGAGGCGGCCAAGCGAGCCCCCUCGGGCUUCCUCGGCAUGCGCGGGAAGAAGUACUACAGCGCGGAGACCGAACACUUCUUCAAACGAAAACCACAGUUCUUCGUCGGAGUCAAAGGGAAGCGGACCUACCAGGAUCUCAUGGCGGAACUGUACAAACGAGCACCAAUGGGCUUCGUCGGAAUGCGAGGAAAGAAAGAUGACGUGGCAGAUUUUAAUUAUCCGGAGUACAAGCGCGCGCCUAUGGGGUUUGUGGGGAUGAGAGGAAAGAAAGAGUCUGACUUUGGAUAUAACCAGCAAAGCUACGAGUACUUUCCAAAGCAAGCGUCCUUGAUCGGCCAGAUAGACUACUCCGUCAACGAAGAUUUACAGAGAGAACCAGCGUUUCCAUUACUCGAUCAUUUCUUAGACAAUUACCUUCGACAGCUUAAGGAGGAGGAUACAGGGGGUGCCAACGUUUCCAACCAGGAUCCUAGUGACUCGAACCAGACGAGGGAGGUCACCGACCCUGACUCAGGAUCAGAAGAGAUGCCCAAUGACGUAGACAAGCGAGCGGCGCGGUUCCACCAGUUCUACGGAGUGCGGGGCAAAAAGUCCAUCCAGACAAAAAGGCCAUUUGAUGUCAGUUUCAGGGGAAAAUUCAUUGGCGUGCGCGGCAAAAAGGACCUUAAGAACAGCGAUGCAAAGGUCAAGUUUUUGCCGGACGGGCCCUGGGCCAAACGGAGGGCUCAAAUGAACGGAUUCUUCGGAAUGCGUGGCAAGAAGUGGACUGAUGAUUCGAGCCUUGAAGUGGACUACACCAAUUAAUUUCUACAGCAUCAACGUUUUCCAAAAAUAUCUAGAUAAUUUUGUAUGUCUUUAUCCACUUGCCUGAAACAGUUAUAGGGACCCCAAUAGCUUAUUUUCAGAGGACAUAUCCUAUU